AUGUUGCUGGCACGCUCCUCUACCCAACCAGCUGCGUUGCAUUCUGGCCUUGCUGAUACGGGCGCGUCCAUGCGGGGUCCCAACUUGCGCGACAGCGAGCGCAGAGCCCUCUUUGAGCGAAUGCUAGAGAUCAGUUCGCGUGGCGUGCUUCCUCGAGGAGCUAUAGUCAACCUUGCUCGUGAGAUUGGACGUGAUCGUGCCACUAUCACGCGUGUAUGGAAGCGAGGACUGGAGACCCGCAAGGACGGCGACGGCGCAGCAAAUGUAGCGUCAAAGAUUCGAGCGGGAGCGUAG